AUGGCAAGUGAAGAAGAGAGUUUUCUUGUCUUAGUGCAUUGCUCUGAGAAAAUUAAAAAAAAAAAGCAAAAAUAUGGUGUGAAGUUCACUGACAGAGAACCAUUGAGUGUAUUCAUCAGUUCAUCAAGUACUUUAUCAGAUAUAAAGAACAGCAUCUUGCAGAAGCUUGAGUUAUUUGGGAGCAAGUGGGUGAAGAAGCUAUUCUAUAAGAUUUCCAUCGCAGUUGUCUCGACUGGUGUUAAGUAUGAUACGUUUGUGCUAGCGGCUGAUGAAGAUAUUAGGGUUCUGUUUCAUUGUGUUAGGAGUUUUUCGGAGGUCAGAAUACACGAGCUGUAUGCGAAGUUGGAGGUUGGUGUCGAUAGUUCUGGGGCAUCAGCUCCAGUUCAUAGCUCGACUGCCGUAGGCGGUGCGUCUAGUUCGAUGCCUGCGGCCGGACCAUCUGUUCCGCAGGUCGCAUCCCCUUUCUUCGCAGCUGAUUUAGAUCGAACGGAGGCAGUUGGUUCUGUACCGUUGGAGAAUUCUGGGGUCUGGCAGCAUGCAUUUGAGGCGGAUACCGGUGGUGGCAUGAUUCAUGAUGUUCAAGGUUUUGGGGAACCUGAUCGAGUAAAGAAUGCAAUGCGGGAUGAUGACUCUGACCAGGAGCCUGUAGAUAUCAUUGGGGACAGCGAUGAUGACACUGGUGCCAAUCCACAUGCACAGCACGGGCCUUCAAGUUUUGGCACACAGCAGUACCCUCCACACUUCUCCACUCUGAACUUGGAGGCUCUGGGUCAACAGGCGGACGGAGGUGCUACAAUUGGGGGUUCUUCUACAGAAUUUCAGAUUGGCAUCCAUCAAGGUGUUGAGUACAGAGUCUUGGAAUCGGAUCAUCUGAAGUAUCAUGGAAAAUGCAAGGAGUUCGGCAAGGGUUGUAGUUGGUUGAUUCGCAUAUUGCUUCAUGCACGAAAGGGCACUUGGGAGGACGAUGAUGCGGUUACGGUAAAGGUCUUGCAACAAGCAACAGAAGCUGAUUAUGGGUUCAGGCCUAGUUAUAGGAAGGUUUGGAUGGCAAAACAGAAGGCAGUAGCACAAAUAUAUGGAGAUUGGGAAGAGUCGUAUGCCGAGUUGCCACGUUGGAUGCUAGGGGUACAGUCGACCAUGGCUGGGACAAUCACUGUGUUGAAGACCUCUCCUGUUCGACUUGGGGAUCAGGUCGAUGAGUCAAUGGUGUACUUUCAUCGUCUUUUCUGGACAUUUUCACCUUGCAUAGAGGCCUUCCGGCAUUGCAAGCCCCUCGUGAAUAUUGACGGCACCCACUUGUAUGGCAAGUAUGGAGGCACGUUACUGUUGGUGAUAGCGCAGGAUGGGAACUCGAACAUCCUCCCGAUAGCCUUCACCCUUGUAGAGGGAGAAAAUGCGGAAUCAUGGUUAUUAUUCUUGUCCAACCUACAAUCGCAUGUGACGCCACAGGAGGGUAUCCUUGUUAUCACUGACAGGCAUAAUGGCAUUAAGGCUGCACUUGAGGCCCCCGAGAAUGCGAAUUUUAGCCUUAGCUUCAAGGGUAAAGAUGCAAGGAGGAUGCUGGUGAAUACUGCCUAUGCAAAAACUGAAGCAAAGUUUUAUUACUGGUUUGACAUCAUACGAAUUGAGAAUUCGGCCAUGUGUGACUGGGCCAACCGGAUGGAGUAUGACAAGUGGACCCAACACGAGGAUAGCGGUAGACGGUUCGGGCACAUGACAACCAACAUUAGUGAAUGUGUGCCUAUACGCCGACGCCGAUCCACUCGCCUGUUGUCCGGUCUGUCGGGAACCUGCAUCCUGGGAGGUGCAUGCGACGACCCUCUGUGA